AUGGAGGAACAUUAUUGCAACACAGACAAUAACAGUAACAGCGGCACCACAACUCCGUCCUCUACCGCCGCCGUUGGCGGUGGUGCAACUUCUCCUACUAGCUCCGCUCCUCCGGCGGCGGGCGUGAUUCUCAGUCCCUGCGCCGCAUGCAAGUUCCUCCGACGCCGCUGCGUCGAUCGGUGCGUCCUGGCGCCCUACUUUCCCCCCACGGAGCCGCUCAAGUUCACCAUCGCCCACCGCGUCUUCGGCGCCAGCAACAUCAUCAAAACCUUGCAGGAACUUCCGGAGGAUCGGAGAGCGGAUACAGUGAGCAGUAUGGUUUACGAGGCGAACGCGAGGGUUAGGGAUCCGGUGUACGGUUGCGCCGGCGCCGUUUGCCGGCUGGAGAAGCAAAUAAACGCGUUGCGAGCUGAGUUGGCCAAGGCCGAGGCGGAGAUGCUCAAUUUACAAUGCCAAAAUGCCAAUUUGAACGCUCAUGUUGAUUGGAGGCUGCCGCCGCCGCCGCAGCAGCAUGAUGAUAUGUCGAGCCACCGAAACGCCGCCGCCUUCUUCUUGCCGGAAGAUGCCAAUGUUUGUGCAGCGCCGGCCGGGACGCCACAGCUUUAA